GGAAGCUUGGGCUUGGUCACUUUUUGCCUGAGCUUGCCAACAAACAGUCCAAGAAAAAGGAGGGGCAUCACGUGACGCGGAGCUUCGGCAGCGGAGCUUCUCGGGUCCUUGUGCCAGGGUGGGACCAGUUUUCAAAGCGGCAGAGUUGAAUCGCGCGCAGCAAGUACCGCAGCAGCAGCAGCAGCAGCACACAGCAACAACCAGUCUUCGUUUAACCGUCAAGACAACCCACCACAAAUCGCCCAACAUGGUGUUCGCUUGGAAGGCCGCUGGCAUUACCUACAACCGCUACAUCGCGGUCGCCUCUCGUGCGCUCCGUCGCUCCCUCAAGGAGGAUAAGAGAAUCGUUGCUGAGCGUCGUGGCGAGUCUGCCGAGAUCAAGUUCGCUAAGUGGUCGAACGGCAAGGCUGGCGAGACCGUCAACCUCAGCUCCGCCAACGCUGCCGCCGCCGCCGAGAACGCCACCUCCGUUCCCUCUUCUUAAGCGAAUCGACACCACGACCGUGACGAUGUGCUAGGAUAGUGGUAGUGGUGGACGGGAGAUGAGAGAAGGACCAAUCUGCGAAUCGCUCCCGCAUGGCUUAGAUCCCACCUCCUGCCGAGUGUCAUUAAGCCGGGAAACGUAUGACCUGUAUCAUCAUAUUGGGGGAGCGAGGAAGAGGAACUCAAUAGACGGUUUAUUGGCAUUUACUUAUGGAGUGACUGUGGCUGCUGGGGAGUGAACUGAGGUGACAUAUGCCAUUAUGAUGACUGAAAUGGUAAACAUAUUGUGUGCGCGCCUCGUUGACUGAAUUAUUUCUAAAGUGGGCGUAGCACGAGUCGUUGAAAGAAAUGCAGUGGUUGUGUUGUGAACUGGUUCUUUCCCCCUUUGGGCUUCACUGCAUGAAGUGCAACCUACAGUAGACCAUCCUUCAAUAAUCC